CAAUCACAACCAAGUAUACAUGGAAGAAUACAACUAUAUUGUUGCAUGUCUUGCGCACCAGAUUAUCGUUGAAAUUCUGAAAAAGCUUCCUGCCAAGUCUUUAAUGCGUUUUAAGUGCGUUUCAAAAUCCUUUUGCGCGCUUAUAUCAGACCCCUAUUUCAUUGAAUCACAUCAAAAAAGUUAUGUGACUCAAUUCCUCAUAAAUCGCCCAAGGAUGUCAUAUUAUAGUUUAUCAAAAAGUGAAAAACGUGAUGAAGAAUUAGCUACUUGUCCCCUUCAAUACUUGGAUCAACCAUGUUUUCAUGAUCUUGUCUCAAUGCAAACAACCAAUGGCCUAGUUUGUCUAUGGAACCAAGUUGGAGAUGUUGCUAUUUGCAAUCCUUUCAUAAAUCAACAUGUUUUUCUUCCUUGUCAACAACGUAACAAAAAGUCGAUUUACGCGAUUGGUUUUGAUCCCACCACCAAAAUACAUAAAGUACUCAAGGAAGGAGUCCCUAAGGGUGAUAAUAGAUUGAUAUAUUCUAUUUUCACCAUUGGAAUAGACAAGUCGUGGAGGGAGAUAUCUGGUACUUGCAUCAAAUUUUGCCCUACAAAUGACAAUUGUGUUUGUAUCGACGGGGCCAUUUAUUUCUUCAAUGGUUAUUACGCAUCAUCAUGUGACAUAGUUGCAUUCAGUGUUGGAGAUGAAAAGUUCAUUAGAAGGAUUCCAUUCCCUAUUAAAGAAUGGCCUUUGAGGUUUUCUGAAUUUAGUCCAAGAAUAGUAGAAAUGAAGGGACAAGUUGCACUUUUAGGUCAUGUAUAUUUUGAAAAAGGCACAAUUGUUUUAUACAUUCUCAAUGGUACUAGUGAAAGGGAGCUAUGGGUGAAGCAUACAAUUAAAUUACCAUUAGAGUUCACAAAGAUAAUUGAUCUUUGUUAUUUAUUAACCACCAAUCCAAAAGGAGACAUUGUGUCAAUUCCAGAUCUUGAGAAUUCACCCUUGUUCUUAUAUGACAUUGAAAAGAAAGAAUGGAGAAUAGAGGCAAAAAAGAGAAUUUAUGAACAAAAAUUCAUUGUGAAGAUUAAUGGGCUUCAUAUUUACCUUAAUCUUGUGGAGAGUAUUUGGUCCUUGAAAUAACUUAUACUAUACAAGGAUGGUUGAGCAGGUAGAGUGAAAGAUUCGUCAGAUUUGAAAUUUUAUUAUAUUCGUAAGGAGUCAAGAAUUUGAGUUCUGAAUCGAAGAAG